AUGUUUAGUCUCACUGGAUUGCAUUCCUUGAAUUUAUCCAACAAUAAGUUAGCAGGAGAAAUACCAAAUGAGAUAGGAAACAUGAAAAACUUGGAGUCCCUCGAUUUUUCAACAAACCAACUUGGGGGAGAAAUUCCUGAGAGCUUAUCCAGAUUGUCCUUUUUGGGUUUCUUAAACCUGUCAUUCAACAAUUUGACAGGCAAAAUACCAUCCGGCACACAACUUCAGGGAUUCAGUGCACUUAGUUACAUGGGCAAUUAUGAUCUUUGUGGACCCCCACUUACCAAAUUCUGCUUUCAGGAUAAUAAACAUAAAGACACAGAACACGAAGACCGAAAGCAAUCUGAAUUUUUGACAUGGUUUUAUAUCGGAAUGGAAUCCGGAUUUGUGACAGGCUUUUUAGGAGUUUGUUGCGCUAUUUUCUUAAACAAAAAGUUGAGACAUGCUUUCUUCAAGUUUCUUUAUGACUUGAGAUAUCGACUUCAUUCGUGGUGGUCAUCAACAUGA